AUCAGCUCCAUGACGCUUUGGAAAACCCAAGUGCUUUGCCUUGAAAUCUAACUUUCUGGGCUGGCUAACAUCCCUAUAAAAAGUGAGGACUGUCUAGCCACCUAUCAUCAGACACAGAAGAAAUCUGCUCUGGUCGUACCUCUUCUCUUGCAACUCAUCCCUUCCCAUGAUGAAUAUCUCUGCAGUGUCCCUCUCUGUCCUCCUCAUCGCUGCCCUCUUUUCUCAGGCCUCUUCAGGUCCAAUUGGUGCUGACACCACUGUGUGCUGCUUCAGCUAUGCUUCACGAAAGCUCCCCCAGAGUCAUGUGAAGGAUUAUUUCUACACCAGCAGCAAGUGCUCACAGCCAGCAGUUGUGUUCAUCACCAGGAAGAACCGGCAGGUCUGUGCUAACCCUGAUGCCAGGUGGGUGAAGGAAUAUGUGAACUUCCUGGAGCUGCAGUGAGGGCUGGGAGCUCAGAGAACUCUGCCCCUGAAAGUAAGUCCUGCAAGAUUGUCCAUCAAAAUCAUCGCUUGGGCCUAGAAAUGCUACUGCUGAGCACCAAGGCCAAAAGUCACCUCAGAGCCUUUGAAGUUCCUUUGGUCUUGCAAAGACAUCAUUUCUCCAUUGCAAUUUAGCCACCUUUGUGGGCAGCUGCAACACUGGAGACCUCCUGACCUUGCAAACGUGCCUUGUUGUAGCCUGCUGUGUGACCUGUGGUGAAACUCUGUCCCUUCCUUGUGCCCCCGCUGCUAGAAGGGGAGGGAGACUCUUAUCUUGAGAGCUAUUUGUGAGAAGUGGUCUGUUAAAGCUAGGCAUGAAUGCUGUUUUGUAAAGCCAGAAUGACAUCUGAGUCAGCUGGCUGAAUUUCACCAUGUACGAUAGAUGUUGUCAGUGAGGUCUCUCUCCUUAAUGGAGGAAAUGGUGUGCUGGUUAUUUACUGGAUGUUCAUUGUGGAACCACAUCAUUCAGCCUUGUUGUCAAAACGCUGUGUCUUGCUG